AUGGCCGCACGCUACCCCUACUUCGCCGUGGAGGAGUCCUCCCACGGCAUCCGCUCAGGGGAGUCCCUGGCUGCGGCGCUCCGCCGGAUCCUCGCGACGCCCGUGGCGCGCAUCAGCGCCUGCCUGCUACUGACGCUUUCGGCCGGCGCGCGCUCGAAAGCAGGGGUUUCCGAUAGGUUCAGGUGGCCAGCAUUUCUUCGUGCAAUGGAAAUCGUUCUGUUGUUGCUUAUAGGGCUUAGAAAUAACCGCAUUCAAGAUUUUGCUUGCUGUGCUUGUCCAAAAGAAACCUUCUGGAGAUAUUCAAGUUAUCUCAUACAUUGGAGUCUUCUUAUCUUUUCAGGUUUCUGUGUUUCUGCCGCACGACUUGGCUUGCCUGAUGUUGGCCUCGUUUCCUAUGGAGAAAUGAUAGACCAAGGGCGUCUCAUCAAUGAAGCUGUUUCAAUCCCAGUGAUUGGUGAUGGAGACAACGGUUAUGGAAACUCUAUGAAUAUCAAGAGAACCAUAAAAGGGUAUAUCAAUGCUGGUUUUGCUGGAAUUAUGCUUGAGGAUCAGGUGGCACCUAAAGCAUGUGGACAUACUGAAGGAAGGAAAGUUAUAUCAAGGGAGGAAGCUAUCGUGCACAUCAAAGCUGCUGUAGAUGCUAGGAAGGAGAGUGGCUCUGACAUUGUUAUUGUAGCAAGGUCAGAUGCUCGCCAAGCUAUUUCUCUCGAUGAAGCAUUAUGGAGGGUGAAAGCAUUUGCUGAUGCUGGAGCAGAUGUUCUGUUUAUUGAUGCCCUUGCUUCAGUAGAAGAGAUGAAAGCAUUUUGUGUGGUUGCACCAGAAGUUCCAAAGAUGGCAAACAUGUUAGAAGGUGGUGGUAAAACACCCAUAUUGAGCCCUGCUGAACUUGAGGAAAUUGGUUUCAGGCUUGUAGUCUAUCCUUUAUCCUUAGUUGGGGUAUCAAUGCGUGCCAUGCAGGAUGCUCUUGUUGCGGUAAAAGACGGCGGUGUACCUCCACCUAGCAUCUUGCCAUCUUUUCAGGAGAUCAAGGAUACAUUGGGUUUCAACCGCUAUUAUAAAGAAGAGAAACAAUACCAAGUGGUGAGUUAG